CCUUCCCUCUUGAAGUCUGGUAAGAGAGAAUGAGCUCUUGAAUGUGAAACACUUUCUCUUUCUUUUUCCUUUUUUCUGUUUCUGUUUUCUGAGUCUCUCUGUCUUCCCCAUUUUCCUCCAUGAAACCCUGUGUCUGUUCCUCUGGUUUCCAUGUAUAGUCUCAUUGUUUAUUGUGUAUAGACACCGUGAUCAAAACGAUACCAUUAUUUUCCAUUUAUUGCUUUUAUUUUUUGGUUUUUUGGAAAGGUCAACAUGCAAGUCUAUUAGCAAAGCUAAGCUAAUAAAUAUAAAUACAUAUAUUUUUUAUUUUCUUAAUUCAAAAUUUGACAUUGUUUUACAUCAUCAGACCCAGUCUUAUUCUCAAUUUAUUAGUCUUCCAUUUGAUUUUUAGAUUUUUGUUGGGUUGUUCCAAAAAACUCUGAGUUGGGUCUUUCAGAGAGACAAAAAAGAAGAUUGGAAAGUGAUGAAGAACGAAGAACAAGCCAGGUUUUUGUUUGGGAUUUCGCUCUCUGACAAACCCAGAUGGAAACAAUUCCUCCUUUGCUCUUCUGGGUUCUUCUUUGGCUAUCUUGUUAAUGGUGUCUGUGAGGAAUAUGUGUAUAACAGGCUUCAAUUUAGCUAUGGUUGGUACUUCACAUUUGUUCAAGGAUUUGUCUACAUUUUUCUCUUAUAUCUUCAAGGGUUCAGCACCAAGCAAAUGGUGAACCCAUGGAAGACUUAUGUGAAGCUCUCUGCUGUUCUUAUGGGUUCCCAUGGGCUUACAAAAGGCUCUUUGGCUUUUCUCAAUUAUCCUGCACAGCUCAUGUUCAAAUCAACGAAGGUUCUGCCAGUGAUGAUAAUGGGAGCUUUCAUACCAGGUCUAAGGAGAAAAUACCCAUUUCAUGAAUACGUUUCAGCUGUCCUUUUGGUUGUGGGUUUGAUACUUUUUACCUUGGCGGAUGCAAAUUCUUCCCCGAACUUUAGUAUGAUUGGUGUCAUUAUGAUAACUGGCGCUCUAGUCAUGGAUUCCUUUUUGGGUAAUUUGCAAGAGGCAAUCUUCACCAUGAAUCCUGAUACAACUCAGAUGGAAAUGCUCUUCUGCUCAACCGUAGUUGGUUUGCCAUUCUUGAUUCCACCCAUGCUUGUAACAGGGGAGUUAUUCAAAGCUUGGAAUUCUUGUGCUCAACAUCCAUACGUUUAUGGCGUGCUAGUCUUCGAAGCCAUGGCCACGUUUGUUGGCCAAGUUUCUGUCCUUUCGCUCAUUGCCAUUUUUGGUGCCGCAACCACAGCAAUGAUAACAACAGCAAGGAAAGCGGUAACAUUAUUGCUAUCCUACAUGAUAUUCACAAAGCCAUUAACUGAACAGCACGGGACUGGACUUCUGCUGAUAGGGAUGGGGAUCACAUUGAAGCUCUUGCCUGAGAACAAACAAAACCACUGCCCAUCUGCGAAAUCUAAGAUUUCAAAACCUUCUACAAGUGAAGAAAGAAUUAUUGAGAUUGAAAAUGUUGAAGAUGAGGAAAAGAGGCCCUUGGUCUGAAAUUAUGUGGAGCUAUAUCUUUCUUUCUUUCUUUCUUUCUGAUGCAUCUUAAUUUUUUGUUUUAAUUAUUAAGGCAUAUAUAUAAAAGUUUAGGAAUAAACAAAGCUUUUUUUUUUU